AUGAGCCUUGGAAAAUAUGCAGAUGCCGAAGAAAUUACCAGACCAAUAAUUGAAAAUGCGGAAAGCCUUGAACGCAUGGAAUGUGGUCAUGUAUCAACUGCUAUGAUGCUUUUGAUCUCCAUUUAUAAAGAGCAAAACCGAUUGCAAGAUGCAGAGUCAGAAGUAUUCAAAUAUAUUGAACUGCAAAAGCGAAUAUCUGACUCAGGAAGUCGCAAGGAACUUCUAGCCAAAAGCCAUUUGGUUGACAUAUAUCUGUUGCAGGGCCGAUAUCAGGAAGCAGAGACCUUGGGACUGGAGCUUGUUGAGACAGCAAAGCUUAAGGAUCCUGAGGAUAUUAGUACCUUUGUUGCUAUCGGAGCUUUGGGCUCAACAUAUAUGUAUUUGGGAAAUCUACCAAAGGCCGAGGAGCUAUUUCACGAGGCCGUGACAGAUACGAAAAGGAUAUUUGGGCAUGACCAUCGUGAGACCAUCAGAUACAUGAACAGACUUGGGAAUGUAUAUUCCCUACAGGGUCGGCUGACUGAGGCUUAUGAUUUGUUCAAAGACUUGCUCCCGAUAGCCAUCAGGAAGUUUGGUGCGAGACAUCCCGAGAGUCUCAGCGUAAUGCAAAGUAUCGGAUGUAUGUAUUGGGAGGAUGGAGGAUGGUUGGAAGGCGAAACCAUAAUGAGGAAGAUCUUGAAGGCCCGGCAAGAGAUAUUCGGAAUGGACAAUCAUAAAGCUUUUAUGCCCAUGGAGCCGCUGCUGAAUAUGCUUCGAGAGAAGGGUCAAUUCCUGGAAGCCGAGGAAUUUGCAACGGUAUUUCUAGACAGCAGCAAGAAAGCUUCGGGCUCUGGGCAUCCUCAAACCUUGAGGAUCAUGCAAAGCCUGGCUUCUAUCUGGAAGGCCAGAGGAAAGACGACGGAUGCUGUGGACCUCCUUUCCGAGUGUAUCAAGCUUCGCCAACAAGUUUCUCCAAAGGAUCACUCUGAUACUCGCUUGGCCAUAGACUUGUUGGAAAGCUGGUCCAGUGAAUCCUUGGUACCAGACGUGGCUUACGCGGGGCAAGAUGAUGAUUCUAAGUCCCCGGUAGACUGA